GCCACUUCCUGAAUACAGAUGGCCACAGUGUUUACACCUAAAUGAGAUGAGAUAAAAUAAGUUCCCUCUGUCAAAAUAGCCAGAUGGCAUUUUGUCGACAUAGGUAGUCCUUUUUAGCUUGAUUUCCUUAUGUAAUUAGUAAGUUGCUGAAGGUUGUCCGCUCGCAAAUCUCUUUUUACACUCAUCAGCAGCACUAGCUUGAGCUAGACCGUUAACUAACGUUAGCUAGCUACUGCACUGUAGCUAGCCAGGUAUUUGUGCCUUGAUUGGCGAAUUAUAUUUUAACUUUAGUAUAGGGUGGCAGUAAGUAUGCUAGCUAGUAUCGAUUACGAACAGGUAACUUUAGCUAGCUUGCUUGCCUCAAACCACAGUCAAAUAGCUAACUAACUUGACUUGCUAACGUGGCUAGCCACACAGCUGGAUCUUUCCAAAAUGUGAGUUGUCUCUUGCCUUGCUCAUCAGCUAGUGUUUCUUUUUGUAUUAUUUUUGUACAAUUCGAAGAUGUACACCUUAUUAUCUGGUCUGUACAAAUACGUGUUCCAGAAAGACGAAUACUGCAUUUUGAUCCUAGGACUGGACAAUGCAGGAAAAACGGUAAGUCUGUCUCAUUGCUGUUACAGUCAGAUAGCUAACUAGCAAUGUCAAGUUCCACUUAGCAGUUUUCUCUCGUUGGAAGAGCACGCUGAGCACUGUUCAUUGUCCUUGUUUGUCUCUGUUGGAAAAAGUACUGCUGCUUGUUUUAUUUAGUCAUGUAAUUUCUACACACACAGACCUUUUUGGAACAGACCAAGACCAAGUUCAGUAAGAACUACAAGGGGAUGAAUUUGUCCAAGAUCACCACUACAGUUGGACUUAACAGUAAGUAUAGCCAACCAGCAAGACUGAGAUUGUUGUGUUGCAUUCAAUUGUAGCACAUUGCUUUUCAGAAGUCCAUGCCAUUCUAAUGUUCUUCUGACUACUCCCUUCACACAGUCGGCACAAUCGAUGUGGGCAAAGCUCGUCUAAUGUUCUGGGACCUUGGUGGUCAAGAGGAGCUUCAGUCGCUAUGGGACAAAGUGAGAAGCACCGAUAUCAAAUUACACACACACCAUAGCUAUCUAGAUGUCAUAUGUCUGUUUUUGUCAUUCAAGUACAAUGAUUUGAGGUUGACUACUGAAACAUGGCUCUGUUUGUUUUGUGAAUCCACAGUACUACGCCGAGUCCCACGGAGUGAUCUAUGUUAUAGACUCCACCGAUGAGGAGCGACUAGCAGAAUCAAAAGAGGCAUUCGGUGAGUUCCUCACUAGUUUGCCUAAAGCAUUUAGCGAAGAAUGCCAAAUGUCAACAGGGCUUAUGGCGUUAUCUCUGUAAUGGGCUACAGUCUGAUUCACUACCUGAAAUGUACACUUUUUCACUCCACAUUAUGGAUGUAAAAGGAAUGGACUGGUGUGAGAAAUAUGGUGGAAACUCCCUAGGCCCUGCUUGCACCAAUCUAAAGACUUUAAAGGGAUAGUUCACUCAAAAUAUUUGAGUAUUUUGUUCAUUAGUUCACUGUUAAUACAAUCCCAAUGCAAUGCAACAACCCUAAUUGUGCAUGUCAGCAGUCAAGUUUUCAAGAUGGAGCAGUACAAAGCAAAAACUGUGAUGAUGUUGUGUUUUGCAUCUCAUGAGAGUGAGUCAGCAAAUCCACUCUUCCUAACAGAAGGGUAGAGAAUUGAACCAUAGCUUGGACUGACAGUUCCGUUUUCUUUUUCCAGAGAAAAUGAUCAGCAGUGAGGUUUUGGAAGGUGUGCCUCUCCUGGUGCUCGCCAACAAACAGGAUGUGGAGGUAGGCCUAUAUAAUCGGGUCUGGGGUUGUUUUGAAAAUAAAUCUAAACUAAAAAUGUGUUGUAUAAACAAAAUAUGACAAGUUGUUUGGCCUCUAAUAUGAUCACAACAAAGUAGUCCUCCAUCCCUCAUGCAUACUCGUAGAUGACUAAGUGUUAUAAUAUACGUUAUACUCAUACUAUACACUGAGUAUACAAAACAUUAAGAACACCUGCUCUUUCCACGACAGACUGACCAGUUGAAUCCAGGUGAAAGCUAUGAUUCCUUAUUGAUGUCACUUGUUAAAUCCACUUCAAUCAGUGUAGAUGAAGGGGAGGAGACAGAUUAAAGAAGGAUUUUUAAGCCUUGAGACAUGGAUUGUGUAUGUGUGCCAUUCAGAGGGUGAAUGGGCAAGACAAAAAAUGUAAGUACCUUUGAAUGGGGCAUGGUAGUAGGUGCCAGGCGCAGCGGUUUGUAUCAAGAAUGGUCCACCACCCAAAGGACAUCCAGCCAACUUGACACAACUGUGGGAAGCAUUGGAGUUAACAUGGGCCAGCAUCCCUGUGGAACGCUUUCAACACCUUGUAGAGGCCAUGCCCCAACGAAUUGAGGCAGUUCUGAGGGCAAAAAGGGGGGGGUGCAACUCGGUAUUAGGAAAGAGUUCACCUUAAUGCAGCGUUAUUGUACUCUUGAAAUAAAUGUGAUUGACAAUUUCCACCACAUACAGCUAUCCCUUGCCAGGUCAAUUCUGUCUCUUUGAAAAACUCUAAGACCGUAUCCAUUUAGGCAUAUUUCUUUGUGUUUUUUCCCAAGAACUGUAUGUCUGUGCCAGACAUCAAAACCGCUUUUAGCGACUGCGCUCCAAAGAUCGGGAAACGAGAUUGUCUGGUGCAGCCUUGCACAGCCCUAACAGGGUAAGAACAGAGUUUUCUAUUCCACUUUACUCUCUGUUGUACAGUGAGGGAAAAAGGUAUUUGAUCCCCUGCUGAUUUUGUACGGUUGCCCACUGACAGACAUGAUCAGUCUAUAAUUUUAAUGGUAGGUUUAUUUGAACAGUGAGAGGCAGAAUAAGAACCAAAAUAUCCAGAAAAACGCAUGUAAAAAUGUUUUAUGAAUUGAUUUGCAUUUAAUGAGGGAAAUAAGUAUUUGACCCCCUCUGCAAAACAUGACUUAGUACUUGGUGGCAAAACCCUUGUUGGCAAUCAGAGGUCAGACGUUUCUUGUAGUUGGCCACCAGGUUUGCACACAUCUCAGGAGGGAUUUUGUACCACUCCUCUUUGCAGAUCUUCUCCAAGUCAUUAAGGUUUCGAGGCUGACUUUUGGCAACUCGAACCUUCAGCUCCCUCCACAGAUUUUCUAUGGGAUUAAGGUCUGGAGACUGGCUAGGCCACUCCAGGACCUUAAUGUGCUUCUUCUUGAGCCACUCCUUUGUUGCCUUGGCCGUGUGUUUUGGGUCAUUGUCAUGCUGGAAUACCCAUCCACAACCCAUUUUCAAUGCCCUGGCUGAGGGAAGGAGGUUCUCACCCAAGAUUUGACGGUACAUGGCCCCGUCCAUCGUCCCUUUGAUGCGGUGAAGUUGUCCUGUCCCCUUAGCAGAAAAACACCCCCAAAGCAUAAUGUUUCCACCUCCAUGUUUGACGGUGGGGAUGGUGUUCUUGGGGUCAUAGGCAGCAUUCCUCCUCCUCCAAACACGGAGAGUUGAGUUGAUGCCAAAGAGCUCAAUUUUCGUCUCAUCUGACCACAACACUUUCACCCAGUUCUCCUCUGAAUCAUUCAGAUGUUCAUUGGCAAACUUCAGACGGCCCUGUAUAUGUGCUUUCUUGAGCAGGGGGACCUUGCCGGCACUGCAGGAUUUCAUUCCUUCACGGCGUAGUAUGUUACCAAUUGUUUUCUUGGUGACUAUGGUCCCAGCUGCCUUGAGAUCAUUGACAAAAUCCUCCCAUGUAGUUCUGGGCUGAUUCCUCACCGUUCUCAUGAUCAUUGCUACUCCACGAGGUGAGAUCUUGCAUGGAGCCCCAGGCCGAGCGAGAUUGACAGGUCUUUUGUGUUUCUUCCAUUUGCGAAUAAUCGCACCAACUGUUGUCACCUUCUCACCAAGCUGCUUGGCGAUGGUCUUGUAGCCCAUUCCAGCCUUGUGUAGGUCUACAAUCUUGUCCCUGACAUCCUUGGAGAGCUCUUUGGUCUUGGCCAAUGAUGGAGAGUUUGGAAUCUGAUUGAUUGAAUGCUUCUGUGGACAGGUGUCUUUUAUACAGGUAACAAGCUGAGAUUUGGAGCACUCCCUUUAAGAGUGUGCUCCUAAUCUCAGCUCGUUACCUGUACCUGUAUAAAAGACACCUGGGAUCCAGAAAUCUUUCUGAUUGAGAGGGGGUCAAAUACUUAUUUCCCUCAUUAAAAUGCAAAUCAAUUUAUAACAUUUUUGACAUGCGUUUUUCUGGAUUUUGUUGUUGUUAUUCUGUCUCUCACUGUUCAAGUAAACCUACCAUUAAAAUUAUAGACUGAUCAGUGGGCAAACGUACAAAAUCAGCAGGGGAUCAAAUACUUUUUUCCCUCACUGUACAUCUGGUCUGAGAGAACUCCAUUGUGUGUGUGUGUACAGGCACUCACAAAUGUACAAUUUAUCAUCCUUGCUUUAAGAACAGCAGUACUCUUUACUUAUAAUGAAUUCUCUUUCAGGCAGGGGGUUAACGAAGGCAUCGAGUGGAUGGUGAAAUGCGUCAUCAGAAACAUUCACCGGCCACCGAGACAGAAGGACAUCACAUAGAGCAAGCCAUGACCUCCCCACUAGGGCUCCCACAACUGGGUCCUAUUUAUUAGGCAACAAAUGGGAGAAAACGUACUGAAACAAGAAGGGACUGCCAGUCCAAUAAGAACCAUUUUCAGUUCAAAUACGCUUUAAAACAUUUCCCUACGUUCCGCCCUGUUGAAUAUGACCCAGGCGCCCGUUUUGCUACAGUGUGACUUUCAGAAACCGAGAUGGAUUCUAUCCAUGGCCCGGCAAUGAACUUGUCUCUCCUCCUAUUUGAGUGGGUGUUGGGAACUCAAGCCUAGUUUUCAGAUACAGUUUAGCAUCAGGGAGAAACAAUUGAUUAUUGUAUAUUAUUUGGAUAUGUACUCUGAUUGGGGUGAAACGCUUUUUGAGGCAGUAUUUUAACCUCCGCUAAAGUGUGAAUGAUGUGU